CAUCGCACACUUCAACGUCAUUUCUUUCUCUAAUCUGUUUGCCAUACUGCUCUCUCUAGCUAUACUGAUUAACAAUGGUCGCUCCUCCCCCGAACCCCGUGCCGGUAGCAUACCAGGGCGGCGCGCCGGCAGUGCCCGACUGGCUGAACAAGGGGGACAACGCGUGGCAGAUGAUCGCCGCCACGCUGGUGGGCAUCCAGAGCGUCCCCGGCCUCGUGAUCCUGUACGGGAGCAUCGUCAAGAAGAAGUGGGCGGUGAACUCGGCCUUCAUGGCGCUGUACGCCUUCGCGGCGGUGGUCAUAUGCUGGGUCACCUGGGCCUACAAGAUGUCGUUCGGGGACAAGCUCCUGCCCUUCUGGGGCAAGGCCGGCCCCGCGCUCGGCCAGAAGUUCCUCAUAGAGAAGGCUGUGCUCCCCGCGUCAACGCACUACCACAAGAACGGGGAUGUGGAGACGCCAAUGAUCGCGCCGUUCUAUCCGAUGGCGUCGAUGGUGUGGUUCCAGUGCGUGUUCGCGGCGAUCACGGUGAUACUGCUCGGGGGGUCGGUGCUGGGGAGGAUGAACUUCCGGGCGUGGAUGAUGUUCGUGCCCCUGUGGCUGACGUUCAGCUACACGGUCGGCGCCUUCAGCCUGUGGGGCGGCGGCUUCCUGUUCCAGUGGGGCGUCAUGGACUACUCCGGCGGCUGCGUCAUCCACCUCUCCUCGGGGAUCGCCGGCUUGACUACCGCUUUUUGGGUGGGACCCAGAUCGAUCAAGGACAGAGAGAGGUUUCCGCCCAAUAAUGUGCUGUUGAUGCUGGCGGGAGCGGGAUUGCUGUGGCUGGGGUGGGCGGGGUUCAACGGGGGCGACCCUUACACGGCCAACACCGACUCGUCCAUGGCCGUUCUCAACACCAACAUCUGCGCGGCCACCAGCCUUCUGGUGUGGACGUGGCUCGACGUCAUCUUCUUCAAGAAGCCCUCCGUCAUCGGAGCCGUCCAGGGCAUGAUCACUGGCCUCGUCUGCAUCACCCCCGGGGCAGGGCUGGUCCAAGGGUGGGCGGCGAUAGUGAUGGGAAUCCUCUCCGGGAGCGUCCCGUGGUUCACCAUGAUGAUCGUGCACAAGAGGUGGACGUUGCUGCAAAAGAUCGACGACACGCUCGGCGUCUUCCACACCCAUGCCGUGGCCGGAUAUCUAGGCAUAAUCCUCACGGGCCUCUUCGCUGAGCCCACCCUGUGCUCGCUCUUCCUCCCCGUCACGAACUCCAGGGGAGGAGUCUACGGGGGCUCGGGCAGGGUUCAGAUCGGGAAGCAGCUGGCCGGCGGCGCUUUCAUCAUCGGGUGGAACCUUGUGGUCACGUCCAUCAUAUGCGUCGCAAUCAGCCUGGUGAUCCCUCUACGGAUGCCAGAGGACGAGCUUCUAAUCGGGGACGACGCAGUGCACGGAGAGGAGGCUUACGCGUUGUGGGGCGACGGAGAGAAGUAUGAGAUAACGAAGCACGACACAGACGAUGUGACGCAUCACAAGACACCGCCCAGCGGGGAGACUCAAGUGGUGUAGGUAGCGAAUGCGUCAGAUGUUAUUAAUUGCAAUCUUAUGAAUGUUUCGAUUUCAAUGCAUGAUUUAGGUGAGUAAUGUGCAUGAUCCGGUAAA